UUAUAUUGUCCUGUCCUUCCUCAUUUCUCUCUCUUUGUAAGCAUUUUCUUUUUCUUCCUCAAAAAUUUCAACUUUCUCUCACUAUAUAUCUAUAUCUCUAUAGUUUCGAUUGUAGCAAAAAAAAAAAAAAUUUAAUCAUAUAGGACCUUAAUCUCCCCAAAAAAUCAGAACCCCAGAAUCAGUUCUUGUUCUUGUUGUUUUUCUUGGAUCAUGUAAAAAAGACCCAUUUGGAUUUGGAUCUUGAUUUGGGGAUUUGAUUGAAUUGGGUUUUGAUUGGAAUUCGGGUUUUUCAGCCAUGACCCGUCGAUGUUCACAUUGCAGUACCAAUGGACAUAACUCAAGGACUUGUCCUAAUAGAGGUGUGAAGUUGUUUGGGGUCCGAUUGACUGAUGGGUUGAUUCGAAAAAGUGCUAGUAUGGGUAAUUUGACCCAUUUUGCUAGUGGAAGUGGAGGUGGUAGUACACCUCUAAACGGUGUCGUUCAGGACUCACCUGGUGAUACACCUGAUCAUCCUGCUGCUGGUGGUGGCUCUGUUGAUGGUUAUGCUUCAGAGGAUUUUGUUGCUGGUUCUUCAUCUAGCCGUGAAAGGAAGAAAGGGGUUCCCUGGACUGAGGAGGAGCAUAGGAUGUUUUUACUUGGUUUGCAAAAACUCGGUAAAGGUGAUUGGCGUGGAAUUGCUCGUAACUAUGUGAUCUCUAGAACGCCCACCCAGGUGGCAAGCCACGCCCAGAAAUAUUUCAUUAGGCAAAGUAAUAUGUCAAGGAGAAAAAGACGCUCCAGUCUGUUUGAUAUUGUUGCUGAUGAAUCGGGGGACACUCCAAUGGUAUCAAGGGAUUUCCUCGCAGAUGAUCCUGCACAAGCUGAGAUGCAAAGCAACAAUCCGUUGCCUCCUACUCCUGCUGUGGAUGAAGAAUGUGAAUCAAUGGGUUCAGCAGCUUCUGCCAACUCCAUCGAUGGGGAACAUGCUCUUUCUAUACCAGAAAGCUCACAAUAUCAGCAUCCACUUGUGUAUCCUGCUUAUGUUGCUCCAUUUUACCCGAUGCCUUAUCCAUGCUGGCCAGGUUACACUGCAGAGCCAGCAAUAGCAGAGACCCAUGAAGUUCUGAAGCCAACAGCUGUUCAUUCAAAGAGUCCAAUUAAUGUUGAUGAGCUGGUUGGUAUGUCAAAGCUAAGCUUAGGUGAAUCCAUUGGUGAUGCUGCCAAGCCACCUUCUCUGUCACUAAAGCUGGUCGAGGGCUCCUCCAGGCAGUCAGCUUUCCAUGCUAAUCCGUCAUCUGGUAGCUCAGGUAUGACUCCUGAAGCUAACUGAGCAACAGUAAACUGAUGCAGCCAAUACUAUGUCAUGCAUGCAAUUCGAGCUACGCACCAGCUACUGUGCGAAUAGAAGGUAUGAUAGAGCAGGUCAAAUGAUAUUAGAGAGGCCAACGACAUUGGACCGAGCUUUAGCGUUGUACUAUGCUGAAUUUUAGCAUGGUUGAAAUUGUGAUGUUUAGAACUCUUGGAAUAGUCAGUGACAUGCUUGUUGGAUACAUUUUAAGUGGAGAUUUAGCUUUCAUCUGCAAUUUGAGUUUUGCAGAAACCCCAUUAGUGUUUAGGAAAAUGAAUGCUAGGAUGGAAAGGAAACCCUAGGCAUUAAAUUGGGUGAACUGUGGAUGGUCUGCUUUUAAGACACUUAGAAAGUGGUAGUAGAAAAGAUGCUAUCUUCUUGCAAUAUUUGCCAUAAGUGAAGCAGUUGAUUUGUGCGCAAGCUGAAAAGAUGUUGUGCGACACUAAAAGAUUUAUUGAAGUUCAUAGUUGAACCUGGUGGAUGUGUUGAUGAGGAUAGUGGGCCCUAUGAAAUAGUCGAGUUGUGUGGAAGCGAGUUCAGACUCAAACCAGAAGUUGGUGGGGGAAGUGGGACCUCUGAAAUAGUCGAGCUGUAUGGAAGCAGGCUCAGACACUAUGGUUAUCCAACAAGAUGGAUGUAUCUGUAGCUAUGGAUCAUCUAUAUGAACAAAAACUCAAGGGGUGAAAUAGAGAAAUUAAAUCCCCUCUAACUAAAGAUUAGAUAUGUAGGCGCUUGCUAUUAAAUUAUCAUUGCUUGUUUACUUAAUUUUUACUAUAUUGUUUGAUUCUGAACAAGUACUUCUCUUUCUUGAACAAUUAUAGUAAAAUGUGACCUUUAUA